AAACAUGUUUCUCUUCUGCCUGAGAUACACAGUAAUCUGAAUAUCUCUCAGCUGUCGGAAACACUGUGCUCUGAGACUGUUUUAAACAGAAAAGAAUAGCGGCAACAGAGAGUCCACAGCAGUCGGACGCAGCACUGCAAACACGCAGAGGCGACCGACCGGGAUUUGGAGAAUUUCUCCAAACAUCGUUGUAAUCAUGGCGUUCCCAAAUGAUUCCGCCGGCUUUGCUGACUCUAGACACUUCCGUCUGUACAACGAGUCCCUGUUCCAGAGCAACUUGAGCGCCACUGAUGGGACCGACAGCUUCUUCCCCCAGGGCUUCAAGAUCACCAUAGUCGUGGUCUACAUGAUUGUCUGCGUUGUAGGGCUUGUGGGAAACUGCUUGGUCAUGUAUGUCAUCAUCAGAUAUACCAAGAUGAAGACAGCUACAAACAUUUAUAUAUUUAACCUAGCUCUGGCUGAUGCCCUGGUUCUAGCAACGCUUCCAUUCCAGGGCACUGAUGUAUUCCUUGGCUUCUGGCCCUUCGGCAAUGCCCUGUGUAAAGCUGUGGUCUCCAUUGACUAUUAUAACAUGUUCACUAGUGUGUUCACACUCACCGUGAUGAGCAUGGAUCGAUAUGUGGCAGUGUGCCACCCGGUAAAAGCCCUGGAUAUGAGGACGCCCCACAAGGCCAAGGUAGUCAAUAUCUGCGUGUGGGUCCUGGCUUCGGCCAUUGGUGUCCCGGCUAUGGUACUUGGAGACGUGGAGGAUGACAAUGGCAUUGAGUGCAUCUUGGUUCUGCCAGAUCCUCGCAGUUACUGGGACCCUGUGUUUGGCACCUGUGUUUUCCUACUCUCUUUCCUGGUUCCCGUGGCAAUCAUCAGUGUGUGCUACAGUCUGAUGGUAAAACGCCUCCGCAGUGUUCGCAUCUUAUCGGGGUCCAAAGAAAAAGAUCGCAACCUUCGGCGCAUCACCCGCAUGGUGCUUGUGGUAGUUGCAGCUUUUGUUGUUUGCUGGACACCAAUCCAGAUUAUGGCCCUUGCACAGUCACUGGGCUUUAACUUGGGCAGUGUCCAAACGGUGGUCUUCAUGCAUUUCUGCAUCGCCCUAGGUUACGUCAACAGUAGCCUCAACCCGGUUCUCUAUGCAUUCCUUGAUGAAAACUUCAAGCGUUGCUUCCGUGAUUUCUGCCACCCCUCACCAUUCAGUCUGGAUGCACAGCAGUCAGGCCGUAUGUGCAACAUUGCACGUGAGGUAGCCUACAACUGCAAGACUGCAGAUGGGAACAGUAACCCCGCAUGA